CUGUAGGCAAGCGGCCAUGUCGGCCAGCACUUCACCACCGAGCUCCUCAAGACCGGCAAGCACACCGUCACAGUCCUGACCCGCCCCACCAGCACCGCAACUUUCCCCCAAGGCACCCAAGUCGUCCGAGUCGACUAUUCGGACCACUCAGCCCUCGUGUCCGCUCUCCGAGGCCAACACUUCCUCAUCAUCACGCUUGCCGCGCGCGGUCCAGCACCAGAGCUGCACACCAACAUCGUCAAAGCCGCCAUAGAAGCCGGCGUCCCAUUCAUCAUGCCCAACAACUACGGCGCCAACAUUCGCAACAAGAAGGUGCUCGAGAUAGAGCCGAUCGUCGCGGCCAACGCCCAGAAAGCCCAGGAGAUCCAAGAUCUCGGUGGGGCAUACAUCGUCAUGGCGUGCGGCUUGUGGUAUGAAUGGUCGCUUGCUGCUGGCGAGGAGUGGUUCGGGUUCGACAUCAAGAAUCGCAAAGUCACGUUUACCGAUGAUGGAUUGACCAAGAUCUGGACGAGUACGUGGGAGCAGUGUGGGCGGGGCUUGGCGGCGCUUUUGUCGCUUCCUGUGCAUAAGGAUAAGGCUGGGAGCAACGGACUGGCGCUUGAGCAAUUCAAAAACGACCAGAUUAUUCUAGAGAGCUUCCGCGUCAACCAGAGGGACAUGUUGGACAGUCUUCAUCGGGUAUUGGGUACAACGGACGCGGAUUGGGAUAUUAGAUCUGAGCCGAGGCAGAAAAGAUUGGAGGAUGGACAGAGGGAUAUGAUGAACGGGGAUGUAGCGGCGUUUGCGAAGCAGCUUUAUGCGAAGCUUAUGAGACCAGAGGCGCAGGAAUUGGAAGUGGAGGGUAUUGAGAAGAAGCUGGGGUUGCCGAAGGAGAGCCUGGACGAGGCGACGAAGAGGGCGGUGGAUAUGGCUGAGGGUGACUGGACGCCUUUCGGUUAGAGAGUUGGCCAGGGGCUGCCUCAAUCGUGGUAGUCGAGGAUAUGCAAUGGAGAUAAUGUUUGCCUCAGUUGAUUUCGUGCAGAUCUUUAGUAUACUGGAACUGCCCCUCCUUCAAAAUUACCCAUCCUAUCUGGAAUAUGCUCUUCAUCAUGCGCCGGUCGGCACGCUCCUUCAGUCCUGU